GUGUUACACAAGUCAUCGACCAAUGGAUCUUGGCAAUGACAGUAUUUUAGGAAAGAAAUAUCUCGUAUAUUUCGUCAAAUCACCAUUUUCAAAAGCCGAUGAUGAGGCAUGGAUAUGUGCAGGUGCUAUUGUAUCGCCUACACAAAUUUUGACGGCAGCUGCUUGUCUUGUACAAGUAGACAAAAUAUAUGCAAUUGCUGGUUAUAAGAAAUAUGUGCACGGAAAUGAUAUAGAAAAUGACGAAUGCACUAAAAGAUGGAAGAAAAAGAUUGUUAAGGUUUCCGUUCCAAAAGAGUACAGGAUGGCCGAUGACAUAAAGCCUGAUUGGACGAACAUAGACCUAGGCGUGGCCACAGUAGAUGAACCGUACAAUUUUACUGACCUAUCAUAUCAAACCUUUUGCUCAUAUGAACCUCAAAGUAUAUUAAUCAAUUAUGAUAAGAAAAAUGAAUUAGAAAAUACUAGAGCAACAGCAUUAGGAUGGGGAGGAAUCAAUGUAAGACAGCCCGAGGAGUUAGCGACACUGCAAAAUAAACCUCAAGUACUUAAGGAAGCGUCGACAACUAUAAUAGACAAGGAAUUAUGUUUAAACUUAUUGAAAGGCAAUAUAUUGAAGGAUAUACUAAGUAAAUACAUGCUGUGUGCUUCUGGGAAUGGAUUGGUCGUCGAAGAUGGGGAUGAGACAUUUGACGGAUGUUCAUACAACUCAACAGAAAGCGCUUGUGUAGAUGCACACAUUGAAAAGUUGCGCAAAAGACGGCAUAAAAAAAUUAAUGAAACCGAUACUGUCAAUAGAGAACCACAACUGAAUGAACAAAAAGGCAGUAAAAUGGAGGCAAUAAGAUCUCCCUUAAUGAAGACUUGUCAGAAUGAUCAUGGCGGUCCCCUCACCUCGUGGGUUGGCACACAGGAGGUAGUUUUGGGAGUGGCACUGAAUGGUAUCCCUAAUCCAAACUUCGAUUGCAUCGGUCCUAGAAUCUACGUCAGUACAGCGGAAACCGCCGAUAUAAUCAAAUGCCUUUUGGAAACGAAUGAAACAAAACGAAACAUCUGUAACAACGAUAACAAAGAACAUCAAGUCCAUGAUAUAGAAAUACUUUGGCCUAACGAUACGCCAAAAGACCCGGAUGCAGAAAGUAACCAGAAAAUGUCACCUUUCUUGAGACAAGGUAAUGAAGAACAAUCUCUGCAUGUGCGACCAACCAGAGAUUUAGGAAACAUGGACGAGCACGGCAACCCUCUACGAUCAUUGAAUAUGGAAAUUCCUGCUGAACAAUUUUACAAUGCACCGGCUUCACAGUCAAGUACACUUAAUCCAUACUACCAAUUACAAAAUCAACAACCAGAUUACGUGCCUCAACCUAAUGCGCAACAAUACAGAGAACAAUCUCAAGGUCAAGUGCAACAACCAGUUGACCUAAAUCAACAACAAUUUAAUUCUUUAAGCCAAUCUCAGAUUUCAGCUUAUAACCAAGAAUCAGCUUAUAUUCAACCUCAAGGUGAAUCUUUCAACCAUCAACAAACAGAAAUGCAAAACCAGCAACCAGACACUUUUCCUCAGCAACAACCACCGCCUAAUGACCAACAGCCACUUGAAUCGCAAGGCCAGCAGGCUGUGGAUAAUUUUAAACAACAACAACUUCCAUCCUAUAAUAAUAAUCAGCAACAAAUAGAAACAUUUAGUGAUCCACAAAUGAGUAAUUAUAAUCAACUACAAACAGGGUCACAAAAUCGAUCUCCUACUGACACAUUUAAUCCGCAAAUGGCAGCUUUUCAAGAUCAACAACAAAAAGAAACUUUUGAACAACCUCCUCAAGAAGUAUUUAACCAGCCUCAAACAAUACCACUUAGUUCACCUAAUCAAUUUCAACUUGACACAUUUAAUCAACCAAUGGGGUCACCUGUUCAAUUGCAAAUGGAAUCACCUGACCAACAACAGUUAAGAUCGCCUAAUCAACAGCAAAUAGGGCAGUCUAACCAACAGCAAAUAGCACAACCUAAUCAACAGCAAAUGGGGCACCCUUAUCAACAGCAAAUGGGGCAGCCUAAUCAACAGCAAAUGGAGCAACCUAAUCAGCAGCAAGUGGAACCAUUUAACCAACAGCAAUUGGGGCAGCUUGAACAACAGCAGAUGAGUCAGCCUAACCAACAGCAAAUAGGCUCAUCUAGCCUACAAAUGGAACAAUUUGCACAACCUCAAAUUCCAUUUAAUCUGCCAUCGAAUGAAGCCAAUAAAUUACUAGCAGAUCCAUCUAAUCAAUCGCAGAUGAAUUUAUAUAAACAAGAGCAAAUGGUAUCAGAAAACAAUCAACCACAAAUAUCAUUUAAUAAUCAACAAUUAAACCAGCCAUACAAACAAAUAGACACCGCAACGUACGCUAGAGGGCAGGAAAAUUCGUUUAACCAGCAGCAAAGUGAUUUUGGGUCUCAACCACAGAGUAAAGGUCAAUUAGCAGAAUCAUUUCAAGUUCAACAGGCAGACCAAUUUGGCCAACAACUAGUAGACCCUUGGAAACAAAGUUCAGUAAACCAAAAUGUUCAACAACAUACAGAACAAUUCAUACCCUCCAAAAAGGAAUCCUUCUCUUAUAACCAACAAAGCUCGGAUGCUUUCAAAUUGCCACAAACCGAUCCCUUGCAGGCGGGACAAAAUACAUUCAACAUACCACAAAAUGACCCUUUCAAUCACCAACUUGAACAGUCGUACAAUCAACCUCAAGACCAGUUUAGAGAACAAGAUUCUUACGCACAAUCACCGUACAGUACUCUUCAAACAGAAGCAUUUAAAUCACCACCGGCUGAAUCGGAAUCAGACAUUUUUGAUCCACUAGCAUUAUUGAAUGAAAAUGAUGACGAACCAUUGAAAAUGACAUCGCAGGAUUCAUUUACACUUCAGCCCAUAGAAUCAAACAAACAACCAAAUUCGGGGACCUCCAAUAAUAAUCAACAGCCUUUCAAGCCAGCACCAGUUGAACCUUACGAGCAACGUCAUAAUAUACUACGUGAUAAAGGACAAUCAAAUUCACCUCAGUCUGUGCAAUCCUUGCAACCAUUAGUGCAAUCAAACAUAGGAGAUUCAUCGCCAACCGUUGAUACAAGUCACAUACUACGGGAACGGCCGUCUCCAUCAAAUGAACAGGAGCUUACCCGCGGUGAAAUCCAAACUUUUGAGCAAAUGUAUAAACAGUUCCAUGGGUCCGACAGUGAGCCACAACAAGGAGUAACUGAACAAACAUUUGAAGAGCUCUAUAGAAAUCUGCAUGAUGACACUGCCGACUUGCCCCAGGAAUUGCAGCCAGAGUCGCGGUUUGAUCAACCAUACGAGCGACAGUUUGAACAAAGUAAUGGAAGUCCUAAAAUACAGAGCAUGCCUCGGGCUGUAGAUGAAAAGUAA